AUGUCUGAUCAUAAUCUAUUUGAUGACACAGUAAUUAACAAUAAUUUAGUUUCAUUUGAUUCGCAGCCACAGUCUAAUCAUUCACCAGCUACAACACCGAGUAAACAACAAUUACCACUACAACCUCAAACAAAUGGAAAUGGCAUCACACCAAAUGAUGCCUAUCAUAAUCGUUCAUUACAUGAUACUGAUCCAUUUGGUAGUGAUGAGGAUAAUUACUUUUCCACACAAAUGAAACAACAACAAAACGGUACCAGUGAACAUAAUACAAAUUUAUUAGACUCAAAUCAAUUCAAUAAUCAUAAUAAUAAUCAUCAUCAUCAUGAGGAGAAUGAUUUAUUAUCACCCACAAAAAAUAAUGGUGACCAUCAUCAUGAGGACAAUGAUUUAUUAUCACCCACAAAAAGUAAUGGUGAACAAUAUCUAUAUCAGCAAUACGAUAACGACGAGGAUUUAUUCACAACAGACGACGAAAAAUACGAUCCGUUAUCACAAUUAAAUGAAAAAAACGAAAAUGAGCAUGAUGAACAUGCAAAUAUUACAAGUUUUACAAGUCCGAUAUUUGAUUUACAACAAAAUGAANCUCCUAAGAAUUCAUCGCCUACUGUUGAAACUGCAAACAAUACAACGCUACUUGAUUUGACUACACCGCCUUCAAAUGACAUAGUUUCUGCAUCACCUCAACCUGUUUCAGACGACGAAAAAUACGAUCCGUUAUCACAAUUAAAUGAAAAAAACGAAAAUGAGCAUGAUGAACAUGCAAAUAUUACAAGUUUUACAAGUCCGAUAUUUGAUUUACAACAAAAUGAAGAAGUUGAUGAUAACGAUAAGACCACUGUGAAUAAUGAUGAAGAAAAUAAUGUGGAGGAAAAAGGUGAUCACCAAUGCUACGAUGACUUGUCAAAUGAAUUGAAUGAAACUCCUCACGAAUUAGCGACAAGAAUAGAUUCGAUCAACACACCGUCACCUGAGACACAACCCCCAAAUCCUUUAGAAUUUGAUAAUCAAGAAGAACAUCAUCAAUCGCCGCACCAAGAUCAAAUUGAAUCCCCGCACCAAGAUCGUAUUGAACCACCGCAACAAGAUCGAAUUCAAUCACCGCACCAAGAUCAAAUUAAAUCCCCACACCGAGAUCAAAUUGAAUCACCGCAACAAGAUCGAAUUCAAUCAACAAACACCGAUGAAGAUAAUGAAAAUUAUAAACAGGAUGAAAAAGAACCAUUAUUAAGUCCUAAAACACAAGAAGAGUCAUCACCAACACUCACCGAAGUGAUACAGCCACAAUCGCCAACAUCUGAAUCUUCGCAAUCACAACAAACAGCUUCAACAACUAAAAAGCCCGUUUCGGCUGGUGCGCUGAGACAAACAAGUGCCAGUAAAACGACAACAGCAUCAAAGCCAUCGUCGGUUAAGAGUACAGAUACAAAAGCAUCAUCGACAAGAAAUAAUGAGGCGAAAACUGAUACAAAAGUAACGACAAAAAAACCAACAAUACCUUCACCAACAACUGUGACAAAAACAAAAACGCCAUCAACGAGUGAUUCGACUAAUGUGAGUGCAACACAACCAAAACCAACGCGUGAACCAGUAACGACAAAAUCAAUGGCACCAAAACAAUCUGAUACUCGUCCUACAACUAUUCCGUUAACUACUCGCGUCCCGUCAGUAAAAACUUCCCCUAAACCACCAACUCCAAAAGACGGUUCAAAUUCAGCAUUAGUCAGUGCUUCAGCAGAUCAUGAAAUUUUAUCCACAGCACCCACUGCUUGUCGCACCAAUACAACAACGAUCUCAAAACCUCGUCCUCCACCUGCACAACAUUCUACAAAACCGCCAACAAAAGCGGUCCCCAGUCAUACUUCAUCAACAUCAACUCAAUCAACAGCUGCUUCGCGUGCCUCGAACACAGGACCAAAAACCCCAUCAUCAUUGUUGACGACAGGACGGACAAAUAACACUCGAGCAGCAUCACAAAAUCGAAUCCAUCAAAGACCGGCUACAGCUUCCGGCACAACAGCAACUACAUCUUCAUCAACAAAACGAUCGAUAAGUGCUAAUAGGCCAACAACAGCAGAUGCAGCGACGAAGCAUGCACCAACUAACUACGAUACAACAACGCUACUUGCUAAUGCAUCUACUAAUCAUCCAUCUUCUAAUGGUGGUCAUAUUCAUCACAUUAUUUCAACUGAACCAUUGCCAUUGAGAGAUCAAUCUAAAGCAACACAUGCUUUGCAUUACACACAGCGUGUACCUGGAAUUCAAGGGACAAUCGAUCACAGUACCGUAGUUCAUCGGAAAAUUCAUGCUCGCACUUUACCGCCAGCAUUUUCAAAUAUUUUUCAGUCACAUGAUACUGAUUCCCAUGAUGAUAUGGAAGAUGGUGAGACUUACGAACAGAAUGUGGUGGUUUUACAUGAGGAUCAUGGUGCUGCCUCGUCAUGCUCAUCUGUCGAAGAUAAUUCUAAAAAUUUUGUUGUUCUUGAGCAAUCAUACUCUGCAUCCUCAUCGUCAACCGGUUCCUCUCUUGAUCACAUGACCAGUUUAGUUCACCAACAACAGUCAAAAAAACGAAUUUUACAUCCAACUCCGUCUGAUAGUGGUCAUGUGACUAUUAAACAACAAAGAAAAGAGAAAAUUAUACCUGUCAUUCAUCAACAAGCGACAAUAGUACAACAACCAAUAAUACCAGUCGUAACACCAUCUUAUCCAACAGUAACAGUUAGACAGCAACAGCCAGUAGCGAUUGUCACUCCCAUUCCUGCUUUCGUUCGUCCACAGAUUAUUUCUCUACCUCCCCCGAGACCUCUGGUACCUUCAUUAAAGAAAUUAGCAUUAGAUACUGGUGGUGUGUUUUACAUCGAAAAUGCUGAUGGCACAAUAAGACCAGCUACAGAGCAAGAAAUUGACUAUUAUGACAAUUUCAAACAAAUUUGGGCUCAACCGUUUCGACUGCCUCCACCAGUAGUACCUGUUCAUCCUGCACCACCUCCAGUUAUUUUUACUCAACAGCAACAACGCUUUAUACCACCAGUAGCUGUUAUUCAACAGCCGGUACCUGUUGAAAUUCGUCAGUUACCUACAUCUCGUAUAGAAGUAAUAGAAACGAUCCAACCGACAACUAGGCCGGUAGAAACUGUAAUAAUGACUCAAAAACCCGUGCAACGAACAGAGAUAUCAACCCCAUCAACUCAAAUUAUUCAAGAAGAGACUCGUGAUCAUGAUGCGUACUACUCAAAACCGGCAACUACUCGACCCACAUCGGUUGUGCAAACGAUUCAAGAACAUCAUCAACAACAAAAAACGAAUAUUCCUAGACGAAGAGAAAUGACGGAAGUACGUGGAAAAGUAGAUUCGUGGAACAGAGGUUAUGUGCCCGGUGGUGGAGAUUUAAGGAUAUUUGACUCUACAGCUAAUUAUAAUGUAAUUGAUACAAAACACGACACAAGACGUCGUCGACCAAAAUCAGAUGUCCGAACUUAUCCAAAACGUCCAAUUGUGGGUGGUAGAUCCCGAGUAAAUCCAUGGAAUAGAAAUUAUAAACCUGGCGGAGGAGAUGUUAAAAUAUUCUCAAAAAAUACCGAUUAUAACGCAAAAUCGAAUUUGGAUAAUUGGAAACCAGAUCGUUCUAAAAGUAACGUAAAAAUAUUUUCUGAGCGUACUAAUUUUGAUAAAUUGCGUCCUCGCGUUGACAACUGGAAUAAUUAUCGUCGUCAAGGUGGAAAUGUCAAAAUAUUUUCACGUUCUGUCGAUCAUAACAAACCAAAAUCAAGGGUAAACACAUGGAAUACAGAUUAUGAACCAGGUGGAGGAAAUAUUAAAAUAUUCUCAAAAGCUGAAAACUACAAUGUUGGUGGGCGAUUGGACAACUGGAAUAAACAGUAUAAACCUAAAAAAAGCAACAUUAAGAUUGUUACUACACGUCGAACAAGUGUAGAUGCUCGUCCAACUGUCGAUACUUGGAAUAAAACAUAUGAAAAACAUGGUGGAAACAUUAAGAUAUUUAGAGAGAUUGUAAAUAUCGAUCCCCCAGAACCUAAGGUCGACACAUGGAAUCGAACAUAUACAAAACAAGGUGGAGAAAUUAAGAUUGUAUCGCAUAAAACUGAAAUACCCGAUGUUAAACCAACAAUAGAUACGUGGAACAAGGAUUAUAAACCUGAACAAAAAACAAUUGAAAUCUUUUCUCAACCUGUUGCAAUAGAAACUACGAGUCGAACUGUCACACGUAAUAUUGAGUACACGAAACCUGUGUCAACAGUAAAGAUUGAAUCACAACCGAUCAAAAUUGAAGCCAAAAGUCGAAUUGUUACAAGAAAUAUUGAAUACAAAAAACCCUCACCACCACCACCAAAAGAGCUUCGUCCACCACCUGUUAUCAUAAAAGAAUAUGAAGAAUCAUUGAGAACAGCUAGUGUGGCUUCAUCGUCAUCAACUGAAAUUAGUCAGCCUCCCUCUUCUCAUUCAACAAUUACCUAUUAUUUAGCUCGCCAACACGAUUUAUCCGAUGUUUACUAUGACCGGGCAAAUACACAUUAUAUCGAACAAUACAAUACAGAUCAAGUAUUACCCGAUAUCUAUGAAUUCAAUUAUGAUAAAGGUUAUGCAGCGUAUAUGCCUCCGAAUCAGUUUCAUGAAUAUAAUAGACCUGAAUUAGCAUUAAAUUAUGAACCCACUCAAAUUUCAUUCCAUCAAGUAUUACCCGAUAUCUAUGAAUUCAAUGAUGAUAAAAGUUAUGCAGUGUAUAUGCCUCCGAAUCAGUUUCAUGAAUACAAUAGACCUGAAUUAGCAUUAAAUUAUGAACCUACUGAAAUUUCAUUCCAUCAAGCAUCUGAUCACGCCAUAGGAUAUACACUAUUUAAUCGUGCUUUACAUGCCGUCUGUGAAUUUGUGGAUAAUACUACUCGUUAUUCUUUAACAUCACCAUUUAUUGAUCGACAGCGUCCACGUUCAGUCACUUUGCCUAUUCAUCGUACAUCUCGUAAAGUACCCAUUCGUGAACGUGCUUUAUCAGUUGAACAACCAGAAAUUCUAUGGCGUCGUCCACCCUCGUAUCGUCCAAAUCGACGCGAAAUAUUACGAAGAGUAUCACUAAAAAUGAUACGCAAAGAAAUUGCCUGGCAAAAAAUUCGCAAAGCUGUAGCUAAAAUUGAUUCUUGGAAUCGUGGUUAUAAACGACCUCCGUUAAUUAAACCGUAUAUAAAACCACCACGAAUAUUUUAUGCACCUAAACCUCGUGAUACAUGGAACGAAGAUCAACGAACACCUUCUACAACGCCAAGAACCUUUAAUCAACCUUUAAAAAUCGAGGGUAAAGCCAGAAUUGAUUCAUGGUUAAAACGACCAUAUCGCGCUAGAACAACAAGCGCAAGGAUUAUUCAUCAACCUAUGCAGAUUGAAGGAAAGUCUAAAAUUGAUUCGUGGCUAAAACGUCCGAUUCGAAAAGCUUUUAGUGCUAUAGAGAUUUAUCAUAAACCAUUGCAUAUUGAAGCCAGAAGUCGCAUCGAUACAUGGAGACAUCAUCCAUUGCAGCGAUCGCAAUUACACAAGAUUGUACAUAAACCAUUACACAUUGAUGCAAGAAGUCGUGUGGACACAUGGAGACCACAUUCUUUAGAACAAAGAUCCCAGAUACAAAAAAUAUUUCACCAACCAAUUCAGAUCGAAGGAAGAAGCCGAAUAGAUACUUGGUUGCGUCGUCCAUUAAGAAAAGCACAUAGUGCAUUCGAGAUCCAACAUAAGCCCCUACAUAUUGAAGCACGAAGUCGUAUUGAUACAUGGAGAAAACAUCCAUUGCAAGAGCGAUCACAAUUACAGAAGAUCCAACAUAAGCCCCUACAUAUUGAAGCACGAAGUCGUAUUGAUACAUGGAGAAAACAUCCAUUGCAAGAGCGAUCACAAUUACAGAAGAUAUUUCAUCGACCAAUUCAAAUUGAAGGAAGAAGCCGAGUAGAUACUUGGCUGCGUCGACCAUUAAGAACAGCUCGUAGUGCCAUUGAAAUUGUACAUAAACCAUUACACAUUGAUGCGAGAAGUCGUGUGGAUACAUGGAGACCACAUUCUCUAGAACAAAGAUCCCAGAUACAAAAAAUUGUACAUAAACCAUUACACAUUGAUGCAAGAAGUCGUGUGGACACAUGGAGACCACAUUCUUUAGAACAAAGAUCCCAGAUACAAAAAAUAUUUCACCAACCAAUUCAGAUCGAAGGAAGAAGCCGAAUAGAUACUUGGUUGCGUCGUCCAUUAAGAAAAGCACAUAGUGCGUUCGAGAUCCAACAUAAGCCCCUACAUAUUGAAGCACGAAGUCGUAUUGAUACAUGGAGAAAACAUCCAUUGCAAGAGCGAUCACAAUUACAGAAGAUAUUUCAUCGACCAAUUCAAAUUGAAGGAAGAAGCCGAAUAGAUACUUGGCUGCGUCGUCCAUUAAGGACAGCACAUAGUGCAUUCGAGAUUCAACAUAAGCCCUUACAUAUUGAAGCACGAAGUCGUAUUGAUACGUGGAGAAAACAUCCAUUACAAGGGCGAUCACAAGUACAGACGAUCCUACACAAACCAUUGCACGUGGAUGCUCGACCACAAGUUGAUUCAUGGUCAUUAUCUUCAAGAAAACGUUCUUAUAGUGUUCCUGUCGUCAAACACCGGCCAUUACAUAUCAUUUUAAGAUCUCGUGUUGACACUUGGAGACCAACACCUUAUCGAUUGUCUGCAAACGCACUUAAAGUUAUCCACAAACCAUUACAUGUUCAUGGACGCGCUAAAGUUGAUUCAUGGAACGUACGAUCAACACAGGCCUCAAGUGUUCAAAUGUUCAACCGUAGACCAAUUCAUGUUAUGGCUCAAUCGAGGAUUGAUUCUUGGCUUGAUACCGUCCAUAAACAUGAGCCAUCCAAAAUAAAGAUCCUACACAAACCAUUGCACGUGGAUGCUCGACCACAAGUUGAUUCAUGGUCAUUAUCUUCAAGAAAACGUUCUUAUAGUGUUCCUGUCGUCAAACACCGGCCAUUGCAUAUCAUUUCAAGAUCUCGUGUUGACACUUGGAGACCAACACCUUAUCGAUCGUCUACAAACGCACUUAAAGUUAUCCACAAACCAUUACAUGUUCAUGGACGCUCUAAGGUUGAUUCAUGGAACGUACGAUCCACACGGGCCUCAAGUGUUCAAAUUUUCAACCGUAGACCAAUUCAUGUUAUGGCUCAAUCGAGGAUUGAUUCUUGGCUUGAUACCGUCCAUAAACAUGAGCCAUCCAAAAUAAAGAUUUUCCAUAAGCCAUUACAUGUUGAUGCUCGUCCUCAAAUCGAUUCUUGGUUAUCAUCUUCGGAGAAACGUUCAACAAGUGUUCCCAUAAUUAUUCAUCGUCCAUUUCAUAUUCAAUCACGAUCUCGUAUUGAUACCUGGCAAAAAUUACCAUAUCGAAGAGAUUUGACUAAUUUAAAAGUUAUUCACAAACCGAUGCAUGUGCAUGCUCAUUCAAAAAUUGACGCGUGGGGAAUAAAAACAAUAAAACGAAUGGGAAAUACUCCAAUGAUAGAAAAUCAUCCUGUUCAUGUUACUGGACAAUCAAGAAUCGAUUCUUGGCUUGUGACAUCAACAUCAAAACAGCGACGAUAUAAGAAAAGAAUUCAACAUCAACCGCUCUACGUGUCUGCUCGUGCACAAAUUGAUUCAUGGAAUGUAUCCCAAGUGAAACGACGGUCAAGUGCACCACAGGUUCAUCGUCCAUUACAUUUUGAUGCUCGUGCUCGAAUAGAUACAUGGCGAUCAGCAUCAUCUAACCCGGUUCUAUCAGAUUUCAAAUUUUACAAUAAACCUAUCCAUGUUGAUGCACGUUCAAGAAUUGAUUCAUGGUUAUCAACAUCUCAUAGACGAGCAUUAUCUAAAAUAAAUAGUAUCAAAAAUGAACGAUUACAUUUAUUAUCAAAACAUCGUGUGGAUUGUUGGCGAGAAGAAGAUGAAAAAAAGAAGAGAAUAUCUCACUCAUUAUCUGUUGUAAAAACUGAUCCCUUUAAUUUUGAUAACAUUAAACCAACCAUUAAUACAUGGAAUAAUUAUAGAAAGUCAAAAAGUGCAAUUGAUAUUGCACACAAACCAAUUCAUGUUGAAGCAAGAUCUAAACUAGACACAUGGUUAUUUUAUGAUAAUGAUGAUCAAAAUCGAACAUACAAGAAAAUUAUUAAUGAAAAGGUUGUAAUUGAUUCAAAAUCUCGAAUUGAUACUUGGAAUACUGUGAAUCGAAAAAGAACAAAAACAGCUAUUGAUCAAUAUAAAUCAUCAUCUAGAAUUUUUCGUUACUCUCCGCGAUCUCGUAUUGAUUGUUGGAAACAAGUAUCAAGUUCAUCAAGACAAAAAUCAUCCCACUAUGGAUUAGAGUUCCACCAUCGUCCAAUAAAUAUUGUUGCAAAAUCUACAUUAAAUACAUGGAAUGACAUAACACGUUCUUCUCAACAUCAUCAUCAAUCGUUUGAGUCAAAACACGCUCCACAUCAUUAUCUAAUGAAAUCAAAAGUCGACUGUUGGCAAAUAGAUAGAGAAAAAAGAUCUCGAUCACUUUCAGCUACCGUUAUUAAUAAUAGAAGACUUAAUUUUGAAAAUGUUAAACCAACAAUCAAUACAUGGAAUAAUUAUAGAAAAAGUAUGAGUGCAAUAGAUAUUAAUUUUAAACCAAUUCAUGUUGAAGCUCGAUCAAAAAUUGAUACAUGGAAAAUGAAUGUUAACAGAGAUGAAAGACGAUCAAAAGUGGUUAAAUCAAAGCCUUAUAAUAUUGAUGCUAAGUCUACCUUGAACACAUGGAAUACAACUAAUUUAUUUCGUCGUUAUCGUUCAGUUUCGAUGUCGUUACAAAAAAAAUCGAUUUAUACGAAUGGAAAAGCAAAAGUUGAAACAUGGUCAAAUCAUCAGCAAAAACGACGAAAAUCAGCAAGUACAAUUGAAUUAAAUAAAAAUAGGCCACUCUAUAUAGAUGCAAAGGCAACCAUCAAUACUUGGAGAGAAAACCACUUUGAAAAAUCAUCCAUUCGAAAGAUACCAUCAUUUGUUCAUAAGCCAAUAAAUAUUAAUGCCAAAUCAACGAUAGACACAUGGAAUACGGUUAAUUUAUCACAUCAACAGGAUUCAACGUUAUUACGAAAAGAUUCAAUUCAUCAUAUUGAUGGAAAAGCAAAAGUUGAAACAUGGUUAACUCAACAACAACAAAAACAACGAAAAUUAACAAAUAUAACAAACAAACCCAUAUAUGUGAAUGCUAAAGCUACUAUCGAUACUUGGAGAACAGAUAAAUCAUCUGAUAGAAAACAAUUGGCAUCGAUUAAUCAUCCCAUAAAUAUCGAUGGUAAAUCCACAUUGGAUACAUGGAAUAAUUUGCCAUUACAACGUCAUCAAACACCAUCGAUUAAUCAUCCCAUAAAUAUUGAUGGUAAAUCCACAUUGGAUACAUGGAAUAAUUUGCCAUUACAACGUCAUCAAACACCAUCGAUUAAUCAUCCCAUAAAUAUUGAUGGUAAAUCCACAUUGGAUACAUGGAAUAAUUUGCCAUUACAACGUCAUCAAACACCAUCGAUUAAUCAUCCCAUAAAUAUCGAUGGUAAAUCCACAUUGGAUACAUGGAAUAAUUUGCCAUUACAACGUCAUCAAACACCAUCGAUUAAUCAUCCCAUAAAUAUCGAUGGUAAAUCCACAUUGGAUACAUGGAAUAAUUUGCCACUACAACAUCAUCAAACGUCUUCCUCUGAUAAAGUUAUUCACAAACCAAUUCACAUUGUUGGACAUUCUCAAAUCGAUUCUUGGUCAAACAUCAAAACAUCUAAACGUCAUCAUUCAGCAAGUGAUUCUGAAAUAAAACACAAACCUGUUUAUAUUCAACCACGGUCAACAAUUGAUAAUUGGAUGAAUGAGAUCGACGUAGCACAACGGAGAACUCGUUCUUUGUCAUCAACAACUCUUGAACACAAAACAUUCUCUACUUCGAUGAAUAAACCAAUUUAUGUCGAGGGAAAACCGAUUGUUGAUACAUGGCUUAAUGGACGUUAUCGUCGAUCUCGAAUUAGAUCAAAGUACAUUCUGAGUCCCGAACGAUCUAUGAUAAAGGAAGAAUCAACUCAAUUAAAUCUCUAUGAAAAACAACCUAAUCAAGAACAACAAAUAGAAUCAAAGCCAAUUCAUUUUGAUCCUGCUACUCACAUUGACUGUUGGAAUUGGUCUUAUUUAAGUUAUCCUAAAACAUCAUCUCGUCAAACAUUAUCAGCAUUAGAACGAAAACGACUUAGUCCAUUACGAAAAGCAGCUGAUUAUAAAAUUGAUGAUGUAUCUCAAUAUAAUUUAACAAAAUACAGAAUUUUACCAUCGAUUCAAUCACCACGUUUUGUUGACAAUGAUGAUAUUAAUGCAUUAGUGAUAACAAACAGAAAACCUGAAUGGAAUGCAACGCCAAAAGUUGGCUCGUUGAAUAAUGCCACACAUAAACCAGGUGGUGGGAGUGUAAAGAUUGCUAAUCAAAAAUUACAAUGGACAGCUAAAUCAAAAGUCGGUUCGCUUGAAAAUGCUCAUCAUAAAGCUGGUGGUGGAACAGUUAAAAUUGAAAGUAAAAAAUUAGAUUUCAAAGAUAAAGCAAAACCAAAAACGGAUAGUGGUUUAGCAACUGUCAAUAGUGAACAAGGUGGAGCCAGUAAUAGUGGUGAAGCAAGUGCAACAGCAACAGGUGAUCCACAAAAAGAUGAUGAUACACACGAUGAAGUAUUUGAACCCCAACAGAAAAAAUGA